AUGAGCUCUUCCGGGGCCCAGGCCAGACCCGUCCUGGUCUUUUACCACAUCCCCGGUGAUGGCGACGAGGCGGAGAUGCCCAAUGCCUUCCCGGUGCUUUUGCCGGAGGGCAAGAUCAUGUUGAAGGAGACGGCCUUUCUUCUUUUCUAA